AUGUCGCGGCAAAGCUGGCUGCUCUUUGUCGCCGCCGCUGCCUCCGCCCGCGCGUGUUCGACCUCGCCCGUUGCCUACUCCGAGGUCGAGGCUGCGGCGGCGCGGCUCGGGUGCCGGCUGUCGGCGCGCGGCCCCGGCGAAGAGGAGCCGAGCCUGCUCGGCUACAGCGAUGGGUUCACGCUGCCGACUGGCGUGCGCCGCUACUCUGGCUACUGGAGCCGCUCGCGCCUCAACCGCGACGGCCGCCGCUACGCCGCCGUGCCGAAGCUCGACCAGCACGGGCUUGGCUUGUUGCUGUCGGUCGGCGUGGCCUGCCUCCUCCUCGAGCGGCGCGCGCAGCUGCUCGCGAUCUACGACGAGCCGCGCCAGCACGCCACCCUCGUCCGCUACUACCGCCGCCUCGGCUUCGCGGCCCUCCGAGAGGUUGGCGACGGCGCAGGCUCCUUCGGCGACCAGCUCGCUUGGGGCGGCGUCGGCACCCUCAUGGAGACCGACGUCUCCGCCUUUCGCAGACGCUGGGGCGCCUCGGUGCGACGCCUCGGCCGCGCCGCGGACGGCGGCGAGGAGCAGCUCGGCGACGCGGGAGGAGGCGAGGAGGAGACGAGAGCUGCUCGGGUGUAG